AUGAACCUUCGUAGACGCAGCAUCCCCCCACCCAUUCCAUUUUCGCCAUCCUCUCGUCGAGCGAUUCACUAUUUAGAUUAUUUGCCAGUUACUACAGUUCGAGUCCGAAAUUUUAAUCAGGGUGGUUCGGCAGAAGACAAUCCUCAAGAAUGUCCUCCUUCUGGUAGUUUCUCCGAUAAAUCGCCUUCUAACACUGCAAACAAUGCUUCAAAAAUUGCAGAUUCUUCAAAAGCAUCAGACAGUGCACUUGAGUAUUCCCUUUGCAUAGAUCGCAAAGCCGAAUGUCGUUUGCGGCACCUGAUACCACUACAGCCUUUACGCGUUGGACCUAACGCGGAAUACGAGUCGGGACACAAGUUGCGGCACCUGCCAUGCGGCCACGGCUUUCAUCGUGAGUGCAUUGACACGUGGCUAGGAACGGCGGAAACUUGCCCUAAGUGCCGCAAAAAUGUGGUUGGUUGCCUACGUCGCCUACAGACGAAGGAGGCUCACAUGCGCUCUCAGUCUCUCACCAAGCCACUUCCCUCUCUCCGCGUCCCCUCAAUCCCCUCAUCUGGCACCACCGACUCUUCAACUACAAAACCGCAUUGUCCAGUUUUGGUGAACCACACGCGCUCGAGUAUUCUGCGCACCCAACUAGCUGAGCAGCGUCGCGCAGCCGAGGCACAGUCUACAUCGGCAUCGAUACCGAUUUCGGCACCACGAGCGCAUGGGACAGUCAGUGUCAAACCAAGUGGGCAGGCCAGCAAGCCGCCGCUGCCCCCCAUUGCUUCCAUCCAGCCGUCCAAAGUCAAAGGAGACAUGGAAUCCAUUAGCCUAGCCACUAUCAGUACCACAUCCGCCGCCACUACUGCUCCCGAUUCUGACGCCACAGCUGACGCGCCUAAUAUUACCGUUCCGCUGCCAUUGCAACCCAUACAGCGUACCCUUUUCGUUGAGAAUAGGAAGGAAAAUGGAGAAGUGUGUCAGGAAGCGCGUAAAAAGGCGGUAGAAGCAGCCUUGAAGCGCUACGAGUGUGCCCGACAAAGUUUUUGCGAAAACUUUUACCAGGAGAAGUAG